AUGGAAUAUUUACAUCAUGAUUGUCCCUUGCAACUUGUGCAUUGUGAUCUAAAACCUAGCAAUGUGGUCCUGGAUGCCAACUUGACAGCCUUUGUGACUGAUUUUGGUAUAUCCCGUUUGAUUACUACAAACUCUAUAGAUUCACUGAGUACAACAACAUUUUCUCUCAAAGGAUCUAUUGGCUAUAUUGCUCCAGAGUAUGGAUUGGGCGGGAAUGUUUCUACAGAGGGAGAUGUUUUUAGUUAUGGAAUUCUGAUAUUAGAGAUGGUUACAAGGAAGAGGCCAAGUGAUGACAUGUUUGUGGGAGACAUGAACUUGCAAAACUGGGUGAGAUCAGCUUUUCCAAACAGACUGGCAGAUAUUGUUGAUAGUGGGCUAUUCAGAGAUGUGAAUGAAAACAUGGAAGACAGUAGAUGUCUCCUUUCUUUCAUUCAUGUUGGUUUUCUUUGUAGCAAUGAAUCACCAAGGGAACGACCUUCCAUGAGAGAUGUAGCCAAGAUCUUGGAGAACCUGAAGACAACAUUCAUGGGAGGUGCAGGUCCUUCCAAUUUAACACCUACCAUAUCAGACCUCCUACGCAAUGCCAAUGCCACACAAGCAUUGGCCUCUGACAGUCAAAGUUCUACAUUUUAA